AUGACUGCGCUGAAUUCUUCGGAUCCAAACUUUGAUGUUUACCUGUCGAUAAUUCAAGACAAAGGCUACUGGUUGACUUUAGCAUUCGUUGGAUUUUUUCUGGCCCUCAUUAUUAUCAUAGGAAACUCACUUCUCCUCUUCAUUACUUACAAGGAUCCUCAAAAAACGCUACGUACUCCGCCCUGUUUAUUGAUCACCAAUUUGAGCGCUUCUGACUUACUUCUUGGGCUGUUAAACGUCUCGCUUGUGGCGGUGAGAGAUGUGUAUCGUUACAAACAGGUAAAUAUGCCUUUCCUUGCAUUAUUCAGAGGAGUUAUGGCUACUGUUUUCAUUAAAACAGUUUUCGUCAGUUGUUACUCAAUAGUUGCUAUGUCAACAAGUUGCUUUGUGGCGAUUAACAAGCCAAUGGAAUAUAAAACAAUCAUUACUAAAAAAAGAGUCAAGAUAUUUAUCGGUGUUUUGUGGGUGAUCUCUUUGUUGACCUGUAUGCUACCUAUGACGAACGUGCCUGAGAAAACUUAUACGAUGAUUUAUCUUCACACGCACGGAACUGUACCAGCCAUUUCGUUGCCUGUGGUUUACGUGAACGUGUUUCGCGCUCUCUCGAGACGUACACGCGAAGUUCAAAGAGAGGGCUACAACUCUGUAGCGAGUAAAGCACUGGAACGUGAGAAAAAAAUGAUCAAAGCAAUUGUCAUAAUUCUUGGGUUAUUCUACAUUACAUUAAUGCCUCAGUACAUAUCUCUCCAUCUAUUGCACUUUUGCGAAUCAUGCAAGAAGUCGUUAACUUUCCACAUGAUUGAUGUAGCCUUGUCUAGAUUUUUAUAUAUAAGUUCCGCUAUCAAUCCCUUCGUGUAUGCUUGGAGAGUACCGAAGUAUAACCAGGCCUUUCAAGAUUGCUGGAAGAUGUGCCGUAAUAAACUGAGAAUUACUUCGCCUUAAUCGUUUGCAUCCUCUCUUCGUCAAAGUCAGCUGCAAAGUGGCAAUGAAAUGUCUGUGGGUGGUAGGCACAGAGCACAAAGCAAGCGAACUGAAUUAACCAAGACUUAAUUUAUUCAACUAUGCGAAAAAUCCUUUAAAAUAUUUCGAUUGUAUUCAGGCAUUGUUAAAAAAUCUAAUUUAUUCAAUUGAAAGUAUUAUUAUCAUUUGAUACUGGCUUGAUCUUAAAUACUGUUGGGCUUGGGCCCUCGUCGAAUUAAGUUUUUUUAUGAGACGAACCAAAGUCUGAUUUAGGUCGACCUAAAUUAAGUUAAGAUCGUCUAUUGGUUCAGACGUCGAACUUAGGAAGCGUCGAACGAAUCAACUGAACCAGAACAAAAAGCAAUAUUAAUAAUUUUAUCCCCGAACAAGGCUAAAUAUACAUUAUCAUACAAAUCUUUAAUUUAGUAGUUUAGGGACUGGUAAAAAAUUAAAGGGUGCGGGGGUGGGGGCGGACCAUUUGGAAAUGUCGUUGAUAAAAAACACAUGGGCCACAGAAUUGUGCCACUUGUCCAUACAUUACUAACGGCCUCACAAGUUAUACCUUUUACGCUAAAUGUGGGUGAUAAAAUUCACCUGGCCCACCCUCUCCCUUCGGCACAAAAAUGGCUGACCCACCCCUACACCAAGGUUGGUGACCCACCCCCUAUUAUUAAAACAUGGAUUUUUGGUUUCCUCUUAAUAAUCCAACAAAACCUUGUUCUGUGCAUUACAAAAUCUCUUGAUACAUUGCUACAACCAAUAUCAAAAUCACAGAUAGAUCAUACGUUUCAGUGAAAAGACAAAUGUCCUGAAAUGUGAAAAACCGAACAUUUCUUGUUUCGAUGGACGUUAUGAGUCUUGAUGAAAUAUACCGCAAAACGAGGGUAUUAAAAUUAUCUUUAAAGUAUAUGAAAAUUUCUACAGGCAACCUAUUCCGACACCUUACUUGCCGGAUGUUUAGAUUAAUCCUUAAAAAAAAUUUCCUCCACUUCAAUGGAAAGCACUACCUACAAACCCAUGGAACUGCAAUGGGCGCAAAGACAGCAGUUUCGAUUCCUUUGCCAACAUUUUCGUGGCAUAUAUUGAAACAAGAACUCUAAGCAAAACCGUCUUUAAACCAACAGUUUGGAAAUGCUACAUUGACGAUAUUUUUCCCUACGGGACAUAAGUAAAUCAGACAUCUAAGCCUCCAUUGAACAAGCAAACUUACAUCACCCAACUAUUAAAUUCACGGCCGAAACAUCUGCCACUGAGACUGUUGUAUACGGUUGUAUACAAAGGCACAAGAUUCAAGGAAGAAUCUAUGAUUAAUGCAAAGACACAUUUUAAACAAACGGUACCUUCCGGUACACACACAAAAAAAGGAUUUGUCAAAGGAGAAGCCUUGAGAAUCCUACGAAAAACAAGCUCCUCAGAAACAACCUUUGAGGAAAAUAAUUCGAAUUUCAAAAAACGCUUGGUGGACAAAGGCUACCCACAAACUUUGAUAGAAAACCUACUAUCAGAAAUAACAUUCACAGAAAGGAAGUCAAAACUCUUAAAACAAAACAACAAGGAGGAAAAAGAAUUACUGCCAUUUGUGACACAAUAUCAACCCUCAGUGUCUACUAUAAAGGAAGCUUGAAUGAAAAAGUGGAAUCUUAUACAAGACUAACCAUACCCGCGCUAAAUUUCUAAAGAGCCACCUAUCACUUCUUUACAAGAAAGGAAAAUCAUUAAAGGACAUGCUCCUUAGAGCAAAAAAAAAAAGGUUAACAAAGGGUUUCACGCCGGUAUAGAUGUGUGGCCUGUCACCCCUUGCAUUUUCUCACACAACAGGUUGGAGAGUAUGUUAGCAGGCUGUGUUUUAUAUAACAAGUGUGGUCAACGGUCUCCUUAGUAUCAGUAUAGUGUGCCUGUCUAUGUAAUAAAAUAGGGUGACCCACCCCCAAGGGUAGCUGAAAAUUGGACGACCAACCCCUUGCAACCGGCUCAAAACCUCAUGACCCAGCCCCUCUCUGCCAGACAGACGUGGAACCUUUUUCACUAAGUUUGAUUCGUCUCAUGAAAAGUUUUACGUUUGGCCUAGGCCUUAGUACCUUUUCUGCUGUGACAUUCUUCGGACCCGCUAACGGUUUAGUUGCUCAGAUAUAUACGAAUUAUAAUAAACGUUUUCAGACAACAAUAUGGAUGGAUUUUUAACGCAACAGCGUAACAGUGUCCCUAAAAACAGCAAGGUUGUUCAGUCAUGAAAUUUUUCAAGCGUGAAGAAUAGGCUGACAGUGGUUAUGUGGCCGGCUGCCGGUCAUGUUUUGAAAACAAUAAAUGGCUGUAACCCAUAGUACAUUUAACACUUAUAUUCUUUGCCCCCUUAGCCUUUAUCCUUAAAUCCUUAUCUUUCCUUAGAUCCAAAAAUUAUUUCGAGAGGAGACAAAAGCAGAUUGGCGUGAUAGUCAGUUAAAGUUUAAAGAACCUUGACCGACAAUUUGUAAAGAAAAUGGUUUUGUUUCUUUUUCCGAGUUGGUGAAGAAUGAGAUGUUGGGCCAAUAAUGAAUUUUUAUGCACCUUUUCUAUGUCUCUGGGGCGCCUCUUCACCAAUGUUGCAGUAAAGAAAGAAUUUUGGAGAAAUCACGAUCGCUUCACGAUAAAAUAUAAUUCUUUUGUUUCAGUCCUCAGAAAAAAGUUAUGAAUAUUUCAUAACCGCCUAUUUUUACGCUAAGUUUCUCAGUGUCACCACUGGACCCAAUUUCUCUUCAGUCAGUCUCAGAUAAUUUUCUUGGUGUAGAAUUUUUUUCUUGGAGUGUAACAAUGAAGUUUUGCACCCGCGCUGGUCACCCGAGAUUACGCGCGUUGGAUUCCCUCCUUGUUUCCUGUUCGUCCCAAUUCCUCAGGGUACUGUAUUUGUUUUUUCCGCCCUCGCGUUUGUUCCCAGGAUCUUCGCCUACGUAUAGUAGCGAUCGACAAUGAUUCUGGAAAAACACCUGCGUUUUAUUUUCUUCUCUUAUCUAUGUCAUUAUCAAGUAACUUUGCAUGAGCGCCAUCAGCUUUUGUCUUGCUUUUUGUUUUUGCUGGAUCGAAAUACUAUAAUCUUUGAAGGACAAAAAUCGGGGAACGAGGGUAGCGGAAGUGGUGCCAAGGGAAAACGCCUCCUGACAGUUCAAGUCCUGGAAGUGACGUCAAAAGUGAGCAGAGUUCCUCAUCAUGUCCGAGAUUUUUCUUCGGUAGAUCCGAUUUUUCCCUCUCUUCAAAAACCAACAUUUCUAAAUUUCAAUUCGACGUGAAAUAUUGUAGACGAGGAGCUACUUCGUGGAUGUCCUAUAGGUUGAAUAAAAGACCUUGUCUAUAUUAUAUGCGUUUACUACUCAUACUGAGAUCUGCUGACACAAGGCGAGGAGACUCAAGUGAUUCGAGUUCAGACAUUUGCGUGACGCAGCGCUCCGCGUCAACUCAACGUCCAUCAGGAAACACAUGAGCUUUGUUAGAUCAUCAGCGCAUAUAUCACGGUUGCCCUGUGUUAAAAAAGUCUUCAUUCAACCUAUUUCUUAAAUACUCAGUAGUCUAUAUAAAUGGAGGGUGUGAAUGGUGUAAACCGGAUAGCGACAAAGGGCGAAAAAUAUUACUGACCACCGACAGAACAAGAAAAAAAUUGCCGACUACCGACAGGAAAAAUAUUAACCGUCUACGGACAUGAACCGGCAUUAUCGAUGUUUGUUUCAUAAAUUAAGAAGAGCGCUUUGUAUUUUUUCUAGCUUAGGACGUGAUCACAUUACGUUUAUGACUUAUCAGCUGGUCAAUUUCCUGAGGAAAGUAUUUCAAACUUCAAAAAUGCUUGGUGGACAGAGGCUACCCACACAAUUUGAAAGAAAAGCUGCUAUCAGAAAUAAAACUCAAGGAAGUCCAAGCUCCUGAAACAAAACAACAAGGAAGAAAAAGAGAUAUGGCGUUUCGUGACACAAUACUCAACAAUUAUUCGCCGAAGGCGAAGUUAAUAUUGUUGAAUAAUCUCCGAGACGAAGUCGAGGGGAUUAUUCAACAAUAUUAACUGAGCCUGAGACGAAUAAUUGUUUUAGUAUAUACACACGAGUUGAUCUCAACAGAAUCAGAAAGGAAACCAUGAAAAAAACUAUUAUUUUGAUUCAAGGGUGAAUUCAUGCGUGAACAUGUAGCCAUAAACAGCAGAAGCACAACAGUUGGAUCUUUACAGUAUUUUCAAACAUGGCAUAGUUUUAAUUUUUUUUUGUAAGCUUUAGCAUCAAUGAUUGAAAAGAAAACGUUGAAAGUUUAAAUAACUCCCCUUAAUGAGAAGAAACACAGAGCUUUAUUUUCUUCUGUCCACUCACCGUGAAUGAGACGGUUUUUUUUUGUCGCUUCUUGCCAGAUAACUUCAAGUACCGCGAUACGGUCAGACGAUACUGGUCAGCGGAUACCUUGUUUUGACAGCUCUCAAUUGAUCACAACGUUGAUGUACAAGCAGUUUCCUCCUGGGCACCCAAAGUAGUUAGAAAGUGUGAAAGUAAACAUUGGUUUUCCUGUGGUGAGGACGGACGGACGGUCGGGCGAUCGGUCGGAGUACGGUCAGUUGAUUACCAAAUUUUCGGGGAUGGCAGCAUUGCCGAAACGUCGGAGUUUUAUUUGCAAUUAUCAGCGUUUAACUUACCACCUUCCCACUUUUAGCCCACACAAACGCUAUGCAGGAACCCCCUUUAUUUGCAUCUAGAUUUACUAAGCUAUGAGGCUCCACCCACGCGCGCGCGUAGAGCCCCGAUUCCUGCAUUCAGCAGUGAAUCUUUCACGAUAACUUCGCAGUAUUCGCCAGAUUGAAAAAACUUUGAAAGAAUAACAUCGCUAUGAAGACAUAUAUAUCAAAUUUAAGAAAACGGAACUAACAAAAAUUGUAUGACUUUUACUCAGCCCCCACACAAAAUGCGGAUGCAGACAUAAAGCUAGACUGCGAGCAGUCUCUUAUGUUUUUUUUUGCAAAGUUACUGCACGAGAAACCUAAGCACGCGAGCCGCGAUAAACGAGGGCGUAAGCCCGUGUAAGGGGCCGACUAUUAAACUCUUGAGGGGGGUGGUUGGUCGGGUGAUUUCUGGUCAUCAAGAAUUUUUUUCUAGCAAUCUGGUGGGCAGGAUAUUUUUUCGCUUUUUUCCAAUAAGCUUUCUAUUACAUUUGUGCUGCAUGCAAUUUUUUUCUUCCGACAAGCCCUUGCAGGAAUCUUUUUUUCAAAAUCACCCACCCACCCCCGACCCCUCAAGAGUUAAAUGGUCGGCCCCUAAGAGACUGCUGAGUCUUGUUCUGUCUGGGUACAACGAAGCUGUCGAGGUAAUUUAAGAACCAAUUACCGGUAAACCCUAUUAACUUGAAACGAUUUAUUUAUUAGAAGAUAUCCUUUAACGUUGUAGUUAACAAGCGAUUACCCCUAGGUUCGUAAUUGUUCGUAGUUAGUUGUGACGCGUGACUAUUUUUAUCGCUCGCAUCUCCACCACAGACCAGUCAAAUUAAAACCAGCUAUUGCGUAUAAAAUAUUUGAUACCCUUAUCUCCACUAUCCUGACAUAUAAUAGUGAAAUUUGGGGUGUGUAUGCAAAACCAGAUUUUAAGGCUUGGGACGGUACACAAAUUGAAAAAACACACCUUCAAUUGCAAACGGUACUUAGAGGUAAAUAUUCAAAGCUUCUAAUAUAGCAUGUAGAGCUGAACUUCGUCGCUUUCCUUUAAGUAUCACUAUUACUCAAAAACUUCUCAACUACAUUUAUAUUCAGUCCAAAACCGAAGGCUCUUUUGUCGAACAAACCUUCUUAAUGUCAUUUGAUCUACACUCCAAUGGUAAAAGCAGUAAAAGUAGCUUUCACUCCCAUCUCAUGAAGAUAUCAGAAUAUUUCAACACACCUGACUUUAAUCCUAAUUUGUUAGAUACCGCAAUAUUCAAAACCUUUGUACGCUUGAUGAAACAAAAAUAUAUCUCCUAUUGGAAAAACACCCUCCAACAUUCUCAAAAACUAGAAUUUUAUAGAUCUUUUAAAAACGAGCAUACCAUUUCUAAUUAUUUAGAUUUAACAAGAGGAACAGCCGAGAGAAAGACAUUAGACAAAUUACGAAUUACGAAUUAGCAAUCACAAAUUGAUCAUUAUAUUUGUGAACAAGGUAGAUACAAUCAGAUCUCUAGAGAAAAUAGACAUUGCCCACCCGUGGGUCCAAUCAAAUAGAAGACGAAAUUCACUUUCUUUUUCACUGUUCUAAAUACUCUAUAAUAAGGAAUAAUUUUUACCAUAAAGUUCAAUCUCUGUUUCCAAAUAUUACCCAAUUACACGUCAACGAUCUGAUCAAUGAACAGAUGAACUCCUCAAAUUACUAUAUCAAUUUACAGUGGAACCCCGCCUAACGACCACCCCGUUUAUAAGACCACCUCGUUAUUACGGCCAUAUUCUUUCAAACCAAACGUAAAAACCAUUGAGUCAUUUUAUUAUUUUGAGGACCCCGUUAAUGCGACCACCUCGUUAUUACGACCAGGAUUUUAUGGCCCAACGGUGGUCGGAUUAGCGGGGUUCCACUGUACAAUUGGUUAAAUAUAUUUCAGCUUGCUUUGAUUUCCGUGACAAAUUGUUAGCAAAGUAAAUUAAUUGCAAUAAGAUGAAAUUUUAGUUUUUCUCUUAAGGUAGCUUUUGCAAUACUAUGUGUACAUGUAUGGUCAUGCAACAGUAGUAGUGGACGGCUGUUCAGGGCUUUUUUAUCGAUUAGUUAAAGAGCCAAUUAUAAAGUAAUAUAACGAACACGUGAUCAAUAUCGAUUUAGUGACGUCUGUGAACCGGAAGUUGUUAUACCGGAAGUGUCACAAGACAACAUGUUGAGCUGAUUCCGCAGAAGCUAAAAAUAACUAAAGCGAAAUCAAAAACUCGGUUCCCACUGGCUGAAAUUUGACAAUUUCCUGUCAACCUUUCAAGAGUUGCCCAAUCAUAGUCUUUUGGGUGGAAAUUGACCAAUCACUGUUUGCCCCUUGGAAUGGGCGGAGCAUUCUUGUCGUUAUUAGUAGCUGUCUGACUAGAAUGUCCUCAUUUUUAUCAAGAUGGCGGAAGAUGACGAUGUUCCAUGUCAGAGAGAACGUUUUUUAGUGACGUCACCAGUUGUUAAACCGUAAGUGUCACAGGACAAUAUGUUGAGCUAAAAAUAAAGCGAAAUCAAACGUUACAAUUAAAUGGACGAAUAUUUUAUAUAAGCAAAUCCAGGUAUGAACCACAGAUCUCUUUCGCUCUUCUGAGAUAGAAAUAUACAUAUAAGCACAGCACUAAACAGUACCUAAAAUCUUCUGAGAAGCAGGAAAUCGCCUCCUAAAAUCGGCUAAAUCGCUCCUUCGAUCGUCUCCGAAUCGUGAUAAACUUAUGGAAAUUACCUUAUGAAGCCAAUAACAAGCAUCUAAGGCCAGUAUGAGCUCUUGAAAAUUCUCCAAGUCGCUCUCCUCCGUAAAGUUUUUCAGAAAAGGAAGCAGUAUUUUGAUUCCGGGUUUUGAUCCAUCUCUCUCACGAGAUGCGAACUCGACCGUGUCUCGAUUGAAAUAAGGCACAUAAACAGUUUUACCCAUGAACCUUUGAGGGUCGUGACGCACACCGCCUGGUCAUGCAAAUAAAGCUUGUUGUUGUUGGAACAAUUAUCUGUCAACAGCUGUAAAACUGACCAAUCGGGCUCCGUUUCUGGGCUGACGGAGAGUUUGUUUACAACAAAAGAGUCCGCAGUCCGUCUUUUCUCGUCCAAAUCCCUUAUUGUAACGUAAAGUCGUGGUUUGCAAUCGCACUGGCUGAGAUAAGAACUAAACGGAUUUUAAGAGAAUAGGCGGACUGCAAGCAGUCUAACAUAAAGCCGAAAUGUCUGAAAUCUACAACGUCGUCUUCUACGCCUGUACGCACCGGCAGCGGUUUUUGCCGCGUCACGCAACUCAAAGAUUCCAGUGACGUUUAAUUAUGUAGACAAACCUCUAAUAUAUAAAGCAAGCUGGGGACCUCUGGGCUGAGGAAAUGGAAAUUCCUCUGACCGUAAUCCAUAACCGGAUUAGCAUUCGUCAGGCAGGUCUACAUGGGGUAAUACUUUUUUUUUUCAAAUAACAAUUAAGUAUUUUCUUGGCUUUUCUGCGGUUAUAACGAUUAUUUUCAAUCCAUUGCAGUUAGCAGAGAUCUGAAGAAGACAAAUCUAUUUUUUGAAAAAGUUGUCGAGUUUUGUAAAUGUCGUCGUCUAAAACCCCUUUCAAGAUGGAAAACAGGGUUUUAAAGGAGCCCUCAGCCAUGAGAAGUCACGUGAAGGCCUAGCAAGCUUCUCUGCAUGACCAGUUUCACUAGAAAGUUUUUAAGGUUAACUUUUUAUGACCAAUGUUUAAAAUUUCUGCCUAUAAAUAUAUAGACUGCGAGAAUGUCGUUGUUUGCAAUCGCGCUGACUGGGAUGAGAACCAACCACGUUUGCCAGGGUCCUCUCUAUCUCCUACUUCCGCUCCGGUAGAUGAGUAGGAGAGGACCCCAGGGACGGGGUUGGGCUGAGAACUAGACGGAUUUUAAGAGAAAAGGCGAACCGUAAGCUUGGUGUUUAAAAACUAACAUACAGUUUCGCAUGUUUCAACCAGUAAUUUUGUCUAGCUACAUUAUCGCUAUUAAAAUCCACAAUAGAUAGAGAGCGCUUGUGGGGGGCGAGCGGCAAGCUUCAGCUCAAAAACGCUAGAAUCCUAUGCGAGUGAUUUACAAGCUUUUCUCGUGUUCUCCCAACAUCCCGCGUAGGUUAUCACGCCGGUAAACCCAUAGAAAGUUUGGUCUAUUGCUUAAAUAUUCACCACGCUAGGUGCUGAAUAUACAGCAAAAAAAAUCGCUGUCGUGAGCGGGUGUCUAGAGAAUGACGAUCUAGAAAACGAAGACCUACGGCCCAUAAAACGACGCCCUAGAAAAUGACUACCUCUUUAUAUUCGCAUUUUCUUUCAACCACUAAAUUCCAAACGACACUUUUCAUAUUUUCAGGUCGUGAAUGAAAUAUAUGUAAUGACUCAUAUUUUGAACUGCGGAUAAAGAUGUGAAAGAAGAAAUAGUUAAAUAAACAACCCAAGGGGUCGGAAAAAAAAAACCGGAAAAAAUUGAGGCCUGACUAACGAACGGACCCUUGACAAAAUCUGGAUCAGACAGGAUCGGUUCAACCCCUGAAAACUAUCCCAAACCUUUUGUCAUUAAGUGAAGUACAGGGCGGGGUUGAUCCUAUCCGGGCUUUGCUCAGUGAUGGUUACAUUAUAGACGAACAGCCUGUCACCCCUUGCAGUUUUUCACUAAAAAUAAUUUACGCAUCCAAAAGACUAGAGUGGGCCAUUUCCUCUGUGUCCAGUUAACCUCUCUUGAUUACUUUUUACGGUGCCCUGUAAUCAGUAGGGAAACCAAGCUGUCAUUUACAAUAAAAGCUUUGGUGAUUUUAACCGUACUGUAUUUAAUAGCAAACAAAGGUGAAAUAAAUUAUCAUGUUGCAUAAACAAUUCAGAGUCAAUGAAGUUUUUAAAGUGCAAUGACAUGAUACAUUCUUACGUUUUAUAAGGAUCAAAGUCUUGAAACUCAGGGUGAAAUACAUAACAACCAUUAAUGAUUAACAUACAUUUUUACUUAUUAACUGAGAUAAUUUACCCUUCGAGCAGGGGCUAUAUUUUCUCGGCGUGAGCUGUCGUGCGAAAAGUAGCCUCUGCCGACAACCGUUCAAAUCCGUCCAGAAAUCUGGACGAAAAAAAAAACGGGUUUUUUCCUGUUCUUGACCGGUUUAGAGGAUUGCAUGAGUCUUGCGUAGCAGAUCAGAGUUGUCGCAAUUUUUUUAUUCCCCUGAAACUCGCGCCAUUUGACGACAGGCCUGACGAUUAAUUUUGCUUGGGAAUCGCGUGACGAGUUUCGCGCAUGCACGAUAGAAAAUUGAACGGUUGUCGGCAGAGGCUACUUUUCGCACGGCAGCUCACACAGCGAGAAUUUAGCCUCUGCUCGCAUGAUACCGAAAAUUUUAACCGACUACCCAUAAAGUAACUGAAUUUUAACCGACAAGUGGCCCCCCUCCCCACCUCCCCCACUCCCCAUUCAACCCCUCUAAAUAGGCCUUAUAACGGUUGGAAAGCCAUCUUGACGAGUAGGCAACCGCGUGAGAAAUUAGUGUUUGUAUGAGAAUCUAAUGUCGAAUAAUUCUGAAAAAAUAUGAAUUGUAAACUAAAACUUCACUCCUAACGAUUCUACUGAAUACUAAAAAAUUGGUGGGCGUUACAUGCAGUUACAUGCGCUAGAACCAUUUUAUAAAAGUUGUCUCUAAAGAUUUCUCUUCCGGCCGACUAAAAUUUCCCGGGAAAAAUUGCAGACAAAUAUAUGGAAAAUCUAAGCAAGCGUCUGGAGAAAUUUAAGCGUAGUAACGGCCCCCAAAAUUUCUUAGUAAAAUCCUUUGCUUUAGUUAAAAAUUCAUAUUUUUUUCAUAACAGCCUUUUUACGGAAAUUAUUCGACGCAUUAGAUUCUCAAUAAACACUAUUUAAUUAUUUAUUUAUUAAUUCAUUUAAUCAAGUUUCAGAUUUACAAUUACAAUGACGAUUAAAUCAAUCAAUCACUCAAUCUGAGGUAGGCUUAAAACAAGACUCCUUAAAAAUAAGCCACUGUAAUUUCUCACGCGGUUGCCUAUUGUCAAGAUGGCUUCUAAAACCGUGAUAAGGUCUAUUUCACCUUGACACUGCCUGGAGACAAUUCAGCAUGACAGACACAUUAUUUUCCCAGAGACUCAAUUUCUGCCAUUUGCUCUAGGGCAACCGGGUUCUCCUAUUUUCAGCCUUACACAAUGCCAUCCACUUAAAUUAAUGAAAUAACAGCAACAAAAUUAACUGUACCUUUUAACAGUCAACCUCAGACUGUACCUUAAAUUUGUGCUUUUGAGCGCUGAAGAGUAAUAAAGUUUAAGAAAACACGCUGAUCCUAUCUGUUGAUUAAACUACUUUUAUCUAUCUAGAAAUGAUUGGGAGUCGAAGAAGUUUUUAAUUUUUCGAAAGUUACAAGCCGGUCCUGAUUAAUUCGAAUGAUUCUUCUUAGUUCAUCGCUUUCCAGAUGCAAUUCAUGUCAAGAAAUGCCUGUUAUUUCUGAUAAACUACAUCAGCGUAGUGCCGGGAGGACUUGAAAUGAAAACUUCGGUACCCAUUGCCAAUACUGGUCACUAUAUAGUCUAAUAACGACACCUGACUGUUUUGUUCAACUUUUUAAUGAGCGGUUAAAAUCAAUUUCCUAUGACUAAUGGAUAUAAGCAAAUUCAUUCAUUGUAGUGCUAACAAUUAAAUUCUCUUUCAAUUCAUAUGGAGAACAUUAACAGAUGUUAUCACCGUGUAUGUCUCCCCAAAAAAUCGUCUUGUUUGAGACACACCCUUAACCGGGGAGCCUGUGACGAGUAGGCUCCUCCGAGUCGAUCAAAAAGUUUGACCAGGAGCCCAUCAUCAUUUGAUGGGCUCCUGGUUUGACCGACUAUUAAAAGAACUAGAGCUGUCAGGAGAAGGGGUUUGUAUUUUUCCUUUAACUUUAGAGAAUGGAUUAAACUCGCCGCAUGCGAAUUUUUAUUGCUUCCGAUAGUUGUCCCGGCAUAGUAAAUCGAACCCAAUCGAACUAAAUCGAACUCAAUCGAACUCAAUCGGUGGAUUGAGUUCGAUUGAGUUCGGCAAUCGAACGAAAUGGAACUCACCGAAAAGAAAAAAAAUCAAUCGAACCCAAUCGAACGUUCGAUUUUCGAACUCGUGAUUUAUGUAAAACAGACGUUGAAAAUUCAUUACCAGAUCUUAGAAGCUCGAGUUACUUCAGCCCUGAGUGUAGCGCACGUGUUUUUGGUAAACGAAGAAAUUCCGCAGAAAUGGCUUCAGAUGCGUUGUGGAUCGUAAGCUUCAAAUGUAUAGUCAAAGGCAAUAAAAGGGGGUGGUAGGCCUACACGACUUUUACCUCAUGCCAAAAUGCUGCUUAUUCCAAUAAAGUUGUUUUUAUCUGCUGGGUAGAUUAUGCUCUGGAAGGUUCUGCAUUUUACUGAGCAAAUGUGGUUUUAGCCGCAUGUUUCACACUGAGAGGGCAUGACAUAUAUAUCUGUAUAUAUCGAUUGACUGUAGUUAUUGUUUUCUGGUCGGCAGGAUUUGCCCUCUGAAGCAAGCGCAUUUUCUUUGACCUCUUUUGAAGCGUAAAGCUUUUUUAUUACGGCUGAAUAAGGGUUCUAAUUUUCUCCAAAGUGCUUUCUGGAUCUGAUCUAAGCGAUUUUCUUUAGUCCGUGAGUGUAAUGUUUUUCUGCAAUGCUGUUUCACGCUGGGUCCAGCUCGUCAGUUUUCUUUUCACUGAAAGUGUGGUGUUCCCCACGCAUUCAUCUCUUUGAAAAGUGCCAGUAAUAUUAGAAUAAGAAAUUAAACUACUCAUAAGGAAACGAAACCACAGCUACCUUUGUCGCGACUGCUCGUAUUCAAACUUAUGCUUAUGUUAACGUUAUAAUCACAGAAAAGAGCGCAGCUGGGGCCUACAUUUUGACUCUGAGUACAAUUAAUGAAAGGAGAGUCAUCCUAUAAUACCUCGAACGAAAUCCAUUUAAUUGUGUUCGCUUCAGUUCGGUUUCCGAACUCAAUCGAACAGAAUCAGACGGAUUGAGUUCGAUUGAGUUCGAUUUGUUCGAUUGAAUUCGAUUUGUUCGGAAAUCGAACUCACUGAAAGUGUGGUGUUCGAUUUCCUUCGAUUGGAUUCGAUUUUCGAACGUUCGAUUUACUAUGCCGGGAGUUGUACAAGCAAUAAAAAUUAAGUUCUCAUUAUAUUUCUAUAUGGUACAAAUACACACCAAUCAAGUACCAAUCAAGAAGUCAGUGCCCUUUUUAGUUAAUUGAUUAAUUUAACAACUUGUAAAUAACUAUAAUAUUCUGCUUUGGGUACAAUAAAUUUGUUGUUGUUGUUGUUGUCAAAUUAAUGCAUUUAUAGAUAUCAUGAUCUACAAUACCAUGUACAUGCAGAGAAGAUCUUGCGAAAUGUCAUUUUAAGAUCUGUUGUCACUCAGGAAGCGUUGGCGUAAUAUAAUAUUAGGGUUGCGUGAGAUCUAAAGUGGUUUAAGUAAUUAAAACAUUUUCGAGGUCAUUUCAGUUCAUCACGUUAGUUCUCAGUGGUCCAAGAUGACUGCGCUGAAUUCUUCGGAUCCAAACUUCGAUUUUUACCUUUCGAUAAUUCAAGACAAAGGUUACUGGUUAACUUUAGUAUUCGUUGGAUUUUUUGUGGCGUUCGUGAUCAUUAUAGGAAACUCAGUUCUCCUCUUCAUAACUUACAAGGAUCCUCGAAAAACCCUUCGUACUCCGCCAUGUUUAUUGAUCACCAAUUUGAGCGCUUCUGACUUGCUUCUUGGGCUGUUAAACGUUUCUCUCGUGGCGGUGAGAGAUGUGUAUCGUUUUAAGCAAGUAAAUAUGCCUUUCCUAGGAUUAUUUAAGGCCAUUAUGUAUAAUGUUUUCAUUACAACUAUCUUCGUCAGUGGUUACUCAAUAGUAGCUAUGUCAACAACUUGCUUUGUGGCGAUUAACAAGCCAAUGGAAUAUAAGACCAUCAUUACUAAGAGAAGAGUCAAGAUAUUCAUCGGUGUUUUAUGGCUGAUUUCUUUGUCGACCUGUGUUCUACCUGUGGCGAACGUGCCUGAGAAAACUUAUACCAUGAUUUAUCUUCACACUCACGCAACAGUACCCGCUAUUUUGUUGACUGUGAUUUACACGAAUGUAUUCCGCGCUCUCGCGAGACGUACACGUGAAGUUCAACGAGAAGGGUACAACUCUGUAGCGAAUAACGCACUGGAACGUGAGAAAAAAAUGGUCAAUGCCAUUGUUAUAAUUCUUGGAUUAUUCUACAUCACAUACAUGCCUCAAUACAUAACUCUUCAUCUACUUUACUUCUGCGAAUCAUGCAAGAAGUCGUUAACUUUCCACAUGAUUGAUGUAGUCUUGUCUAGAUUUUUAUUUAUAAGUUCCGCUAUCAAUCCCUUCGUAUAUGCUUGGAGAGUACCGAAGUAUCGCCAGGCCUUUCAAGAUUGCUGGAAGAUGUACCGUGGUAAACUGAGAAUUACCUCUCACAAAUCAUUCGCACUUCAUUCGCGUCGUCGAACGUUUUUGGAUGGUAGGAGCAGAGCGCAAAGCGAUCCAACUGAAUCAACCAACCUUUAA